UCCUGCUUUGCCUCGCCGCGGCCGUUGGGGCGCGCGCACGGCGCUGUGUGAGGCGCGCUCCCGAGGGGGCCGAACGGAGCGGCGGGCGCGACUUCUCAUCCUCCUCUUCUUCCUACCGCACAAAGAAGAGCCCCGUCCGGCCGCCGGUCCCCGAGCCAUGUCCCUCCGCAGCGCUCGGCCUCGCGGUGCCCACGCCGCUGGGAGCCGCCCGGCUCCGGCUCCUUUCGGUGCCUGGCGCCCGCUCAGCGACUGAUCAGCAGGGAGACCAACACCAUUGUUCUGGGGAGGGAAAGGCCAGCACUCUGUGGGAGAGAACCAUGUCUGUUCGAGAGACAUUUAACCCAGAGAGCUACGAACUGGACAAGAGCUUCCGCUUGACCCGCUUCACGGAGCUGAAGGGCACAGGCUGCAAAGUGCCUCAGGAUGUCUUACAGAAGCUGCUCGAAUCUCUACAAGAAAACCAUUUUCAGGAAGAUGAACAGUUCCUGGGGGCAGUCAUGCCCAGGCUGGGAAUUGGGAUGGACACUUGUGUUAUUCCAUUAAGACAUGGAGGUUUGUCGUUGGUUCAGACAACAGAUUAUAUUUAUCCUAUUGUGGAUGAUCCUUAUAUGAUGGGACGGAUAGCAUGUGCCAAUGUCUUAAGUGACCUUUAUGCCAUGGGGGUCACAGAAUGCGACAACAUGUUGAUGCUCCUUGGAGUCAGCAAUAAAAUGACAGACAGGGAAAGAGACAAAGUGAUGCCUCUAAUUAUCCAGGGUUUCAAAGAUGCAGCAGAAGAGGCAGGAACAUCUGUUACUGGUGGCCAAACUGUGUUAAAUCCCUGGAUUGUUUUAGGAGGAGUGGCCACAACAGUCUGUCAGCCUAAUGAAUUUAUAAUGCCAGACAAUGCAGUGCCAGGAGAUGUGCUUGUAUUAACUAAACCCUUGGGAACACAAGUGGCUGUAGCCGUCCACCAGUGGCUAGAUAUUCCAGAAAAAUGGAACAAAAUCAAACUAGUGGUAACACAGGAAGAUGUAGAACUAGCAUACCAGGAAGCAAUGAUGAAUAUGGCAAGGCUGAAUCGAACAGCUGCUGGACUUAUGCACACUUUCAAUGCACAUGCAGCUACGGACAUCACAGGGUUUGGAAUCCUGGGACAUGCACAAAACCUUGCCAAGCAGCAGCGAAAUGAGGUGUCCUUUGUUAUUCAUAACCUUCCUGUUCUUGCUAAGAUGGCUGCUGUCAGUAAGGCUUGUGGCAAUAUGUUUGGCCUCAUGCAUGGGACUUGUCCAGAGACUUCAGGAGGUCUCCUCAUCUGUUUACCACGAGAACAGGCGGCACGUUUCUGUGCCGAGAUCAAGUCUCCCAAGUACGGCGAAGGUCACCAAGCGUGGAUUAUUGGCAUUGUAGAGAAGGGCAACCGCACGGCCAGAAUCAUAGACAAACCACGAAUCAUUGAAGUUGCACCACAGGUGGCCACUCAGAACGUGAACCCAACGCCUGGUGCCACCUCUUAAUAGAGAUGAAAUAGCUGUUUGUUUUUAAAUAGAUCUAUUCCUUUAUCAUCCUACAACUUAAAGAACUGUAAAAAAAGAAAAGAAAAUUUGUUGUGUCUGCACAUCUGGUGGCCUUAGGUCAGUUUAUGAGUGGAUACAAUUAAUGAAAUAAAAUCCAUUGCCUUUUUUUCCUGUUACAUUAACUGAAGAUGCACCUAAUCUUGAGGCAGCUUCUGAGUUGAGAAUUAUAUUGUUAUCCAAUACUGUUGAUUCAUUUUGAAUCUUUAGACACUUAUCUCUUGCCGCAUAGGCUCUUUUUAAAGGUGCUUUCACGUAGCACAGACAUUACCAGUAGUAGUGUCAAACAGCAUCGUGUCCUUUCAUUAUGUGUAUAUUUAUCAUAGGUCUAAUUUGGAUGCCUUGAGUGAUAUUCCAGAAAGGCAAUAAAUUUGAUAAGCGACACAGUGGGUAUACCCAGUAGUAAGAGGGUUGCAUGACUACAUUCAAUCUUUGAUUUUUAUUUUUAUUUUGUAAGGUUUAGUCUUACCAAGAGCAUCUAUGACCCUGGACAUUGCUUGGUGUAGUGCACUCUGUUGAAACGAGCAAGUGCUGACUUUGCAUGGAAAUAGCUUCAGAGUCGAAGGAGUCAUUUUUAAUUUCAUUAUUUGUAGACCUGACAACAUUUACUGUAUUAUCAAUGAUUUUUCUUUAUUGAUGGUAAGGAAAAAAAUCAUUUUUUUGCAAUGUGAUUGGAUGUGCUAUAGUGCAACAAAGGUUUUGCAGACCAAAAGGAGGUUACUGUAUAAUAUUCAUUUACAAUUCACUAUAUAAAUAACUUCACAAAUAAUUUUUAAAUAUAAUCAAGCUAAAAUAAACCUCUGUUCUGUGGAUGGUAGUGUUUAAUACAUUUUAUAUUUUGUAUAGUGAUUACAAGCCUUUUUUGUUUCUUUAAAAUCAGCAGCUGUUUAGUAUAAUUCUUAGUAUUAUUUUGUUCUUUGCUCAAAUACAUUUUUGUGCACGCUUUUGUGAUCUGUGUUUAAAAUCUACAUUGCCAACAUUGCAGCUUGAACUUUAGCUUGUUAUUCAAAAUAAAUAUUUAAUUUUUUUUA